GUCAACCGGCGCCCCUUCCGGCAACGCCCGCCCGCCCGCCGCUUCGCCUCGUUUUCCCCUCGGCCGCCAUGGCGAAGGUGGAAGUGGACCGCGAGUUCCCGCGCUCCGUGGGGGGCAUCCUCAAGGCGGCCCGCAUGAUUCUAGCUUUUAUGGCAACCAUCACUUUUGCUCUUAGAAGAUCUCACGAAGCUUUCCUAGCCCUUGUCAUCAUGGAACUUGUCAUUACUUUUUUAUUCUAUUUACUUUAUCUGCUGAAGUUGCAUAAUAAGCUAAAAUUCAUGUUUUGGCCUUUGGCUGAUGCUUUCAAUUCAUUGGUGGCAGCACUGUUUCUCCUCAUUGUGGGCCUGUGUGCAACAUUAAUAAAGACCAUCAAGGAAACAUUAAUUGGAGGUGUAUUCUGUUUGCUGCUUUGCAUUCUUUGUAUAACAGAUGCUGCUUUAAUCUUGAAAAAAGUUUCUUUUAAUAGGUCAUAGUAGGAAGGAAUGGUAUCCAAAGCUAAAAUGGCCUGUUGAGCCAAAUGAAUUAUAGAAAACAGCCAUCCUGAAUAUGCUGGACUACAGCUCCCAUCAUCCACAACCAACACAUAAAAUGCUUUGUGCAGGUGGGGCAAAAUACCAGGAGGUCAUCGGGUUGGGAAAAGUGUUAUAAUCCAUUUUAAAAACCUGGUUUGCUAUUGGCUGUUUGUCACAUUUUCUUGGUAUUCCCUAAAAACUUUAGACUCCAGUUCAGCCAGUCAAGCUUUAUUAAAUCCUACUGAUUUCAAAAGGCAAAAUUAAGCAGAUGUUUAACCCUGCUAUCAAAUUACAUGUGAUUUAAAAUGCUUAGCUUUAAGUGGGUUGUGCCUUUGGUUUAGCUGUAUCUAGGAACUUGAAUACUGUGUACUUUAUCAAAUUAGUUUGUUUAUUUGGCAGCACAAGCAACCAUUGAUAAAAAUGUCUUGCGUUUUAUAAAAUAGCUGUUUUUGCCAGUGUAACAUUAAAAAUGAUUAUGGGGUAUAUCUUCUUGAACCGGUUUGUAUUAAAUCUUAAUGUUUUUAAUUAAAAAGGUUUACCUGCAAUAA